UUCCGGGGCGGGGUGGGGACCCGCGGCAUCGGCAUCCCGGGGAGCUGCAGGCACCGACAUCCCCGGGACCCGCGGCGCUGGCAUCCCGGGGCGCGGCGAGGACCUUAAGAUCGGUAACACAGGGACCGGGGCACCUGCAACCCGGGUAGCCGGGGUACCGGAACCCCCGGGCAUUGCAGGGGUCAGCACCCUGGGGUGCGACGGGGACCCGGGGCAUCGGCAUUCCGGGGUGAGAGGGCAACCGGAGCAGCGGCGUGCAGGGAUGAGCUUGGGAAAGCGAGGCACCGACAUCCCGGGGUAAGCGAGGAGCCGCCGUAGCGGCAUCCACAGCCCGGGAUGCUGCCGGGUGCCGGGGCGCAGGGACACUCCUCCCCGUCCCUCUGCGGGCGCGUGUAGGGGAGUCCCCGGCCCCGGAGCCUGCCUCCCCCGGGGGCUGCAUCCCCCUCCCCGGGGAACGGAGCACGGAGGUCCCUCUGGAGAGCCGUGCAGGCGCAGUGCGAGACCUGGGAGUGGAGGCUGGCACAGCGCUGGGCUGUGGGUAAUCACCCUCUCCUGCACCCGAGGCGAGCAGGGAGUCCCCCGUCAUCUCCAUCUCCAGCCCUGGGCAUUUUGGUGGCCUCUCAGCGUACAGCAGCAGCUUGUGCUCUGCCUGCAGGGAGCAGCCAGUAGUGGGAAUCCCCCUUCCAUUCUCCCCACUGCCUGCCUGGCAAACCCCCGCACCGCCCGAGGCUCGGCUCGCUCCUCAGCAUCUUGAAGCCGAUGAGACGCUCAGCAGUGGGGAUGGGGCUCUGCAGGGACAAUUUUGGGUGACCAGAAAGCAGAUGUCUCCUCAGUCCUGUCAUAUGGGGACACCACCCAGCAGGAGAUGGGAUGCCACCCAGCCCCACUGCCCCCCUCAGGCACUCAGCAGGGGACCCCCAGUCCUACCCCAGUCCCAUGGAUAUCCUGCACAAGAUCUCAGUGGUUUGCAGCCACCAGCCCUGCCCACCCCGGACGUGCACGGUCACAAGCCCCGGGUGACAGGGCGUUUAGGUCUAGGCUACAGGCAAAGGAUAAGAGGUUCCUCCUCCUCUACGCAUUUCUAAUGGCUCCUUUGAGACAAGCCACACGACUCCCUGCUGGGAAGCCUCGCUGAGCUGGUGCUUCUGGCCCCCCCACCCAGGAGCACGCAGACCUGGGGGGGCCCUGCGUCCCCUCCAGCCCCGCUGUCUCACCCACAGGUGGAACCCGCUCCUGCUCUGCUGAUCAUGGUCAACAAGACCUUAAAUUACUGGGGUCCCAGUUUUGAGGAGGACGUUAUCAACAUCAACGUGGGCGGUCUGAGGAGGCGGCUCAGCUCCAGCGCCCUCUCCAAGUUCCCCGACACGCGCCUGGGGCGGCUGCUCUCGUGUGACUCCGAGGAGUCCAUCCUGCAGCUCUGCGAUGACUACGACGUGAGCGCCAGGGAGUUCUACUUCGACCGAAACCCCGGAUUCUUCCUCUACGUCCUCCACUUCUACCAGACGGGGAAGCUGCACGUCAUGGAGGAGCUGUGCGUCUUCUCCUUCUGCCAGGAGAUCGAGUACUGGGGCAUCAAUGAAUUCUUCCUGGACUCCUGCUGCAGCUACCGCUACCACGAGCGCAAGCUGGAGAGCCGGCACCACAACUGGGAUGAGGAGAGCGAGGUGAGCAGCGUGGACACGUCCCCUGAUGAGAUCUCUGACAUCAACCACGACCUGCUGCGCUACAGCACCCUGCGCUGCGGCAACGUGCGUAAGCGCCUCUGGCUCACCAUGGAGAACCCCGGCUACUCCAUCCCCAGCAAACUCUUCAGCUUCGUGUCCAUCAGCGUGGUGCUGGUGUCCAUAGCCACCAUGUGCAUCCACAGCAUGCCCGAGUACCAGGAUGUGGAUGAGAAUGGCAACGUGCUCGAUGAACCCAUCCUGCACAAGCUGGAGUAUUUCUGCAUCUCCUGGUUCACCUUCGAAGUAUCCUCCCGCCUCCUGCUCUCACCCAACCCCAGGAAGUUCUUCAAGCACCCACUGAACCUGAUUGACAUUGUCUCAGUGUUGCCCUUCUACUUCACCCUCCUGGUGGACGUGACCAUGGGCAGUGACUCGGAGCUGGGCAACCUGGGCAAGGUGGUGCAGGUGUUUCGGCUGAUGAGGAUAUUCCGGGUGCUGAAGCUGGCUCGGCACUCCACUGGACUGAGGUCACUGGGGGCCACCUUGAAGCACAGCUACCGGGAGGUGGGGAUCCUGCUGCUCUACCUGGCCGUGGGGGUCUCUGUCUUCUCUGGAGUGGCCUACACUGCUGAGAAGGAGGAAGACGUCGGCUUCGACACCAUCCCGGCGUGCUGGUGGUGGGGCACGGUCAGCAUGACCACCGUGGGCUACGGCGACGUGGUGCCCGUCACCGUGGCGGGGAAGCUGGCGGCCUCGGGCUGCAUCCUGGGGGGCAUCCUGGUCGUGGCACUGCCCAUCACCAUCAUCUUCAACAAGUUCUCCCACUUCUACCGCAAGCAGAAGGCGCUGGAGGCGGCUGUGAGGAACAGCGGCAAGAAGGAGCCCGAGGAGGUGGGGAGCAUCUCCAGCCGCGACCGAGACUCGGAGGCUCUGAGCGAGACCUCCCUGGGCAGGGGCAGCCCCGACCGCCGUGGGCUGACCCCCGGUGCCCACCCCAGCCCCUGACCCCUCUCUCAGUGGCCCUGGGGCAUGUGGGACCUGCCUGCUCACGGCGAGCACGGCACCGGGACACGGUGGAGGAGCCACGGUCGGCAUCAGCCCUGCCCUGCAAAGGACAGGAGGGGCUGGAGGAGAUGCCCAGUGGGUGCUGGCUGCUUCCAGACCCUGUGCCUGCCUGGACGUGUCUCAGCCUUCACCUUGCUCACCCGUGGCUGUAAAGGGAGGUUGUGGUGCUGGAUAUGCCCCUGCCAGAAAGGGAGGCAGAAAAUAAGAAAUACAAGUGACUCCUGACCAGGCACUGCCCCAGAUAUAUGGAGAGGGAUUUUGCUCUGCCCUUAGGUUUUGUGUUGUCCAGGGUGAGGUUAAAGAGCUCAAGGAUGAGGCAGCCCUCAACCAGGCUGGCAGCCCUUACAGAUCCUGUGCCAUGUCGACAGCUCCAGCCCCAGCCUUGUCCUACCUGGAAACAGCCUCAAAAGGCUCAACUGCCCCUCCAGCCAUAAAGGAAAGGGGCCUGGGAAUGAGUCUGUAGGGGAGGAGAGGUAGUGUGCAGCUCAGGGUGAGCCCCAUGUCCCCAGCCCCUGCAGUGGGAUCGAUUGAACCUCACCUUCUUUCUACUGCAGAUAGGAUUUAUCUGCUCUCCUGCACUGCCACUGCUGGCACCCCCAGGGACCUGGGGCCGUGCUGGGAGCCCUGCCCACACAUCGGGGAGGGAUCCAGCCAGGGAUGACCAGGCAGAGGGAAGGCAGCAGCAGUCAAAGGGGUCGAGCUGGGGGAACUGAGGAGCCAAUCCCAGUGGGGCUGUCCCCCAAGCCCUGGUCUCUCUUGCCACAGCCCCUAGCCUGGCUUAAUCCUGCCUCUUCCCUCCCUGUCACAGGGCCAGGCAGGGGCAGGAGGGCUGCAAGGAGGGGGUCACAGUGUCCCAGGUGUCCCCACAGGGAGCUGAGCUCCCCGGGUGCUGCUGCACUCACCUGCCCUGUGCAGGGAGCGAGCUGGGGCAGAGGGGACCUUGCACCACUUUUGUCACCACUGCGGGCAGGGAGCUCAGCCUGGAACACCAAACCCCAUCCUGCCUGGACCCCCAGCCCACCUGAGCACCUUCAGGGCUGCUCCCAGCACAGCAGUAAUUCCCUACAGAGUUUUUCCCUGCCCUCCCACCCCCUGCUCUCUGGAAAUUGUGUAGCUCCGUUGCACACAGAGGAGUGCACCCAGCAAUGCCUGUUUUGAGUGGGAGAAACGUGCCUCCUGCAAUCCCAAACCACCUCAAACACACGUUGAAGGCUGCAGGGUGACCCCAGGUACCUGGAUCAUGGGUUUGCUGCUGGUUGUCCUGGCUGGCUUCCAGCACAGCUGUAGCUGCUGGUGCUGGCUCUGCCUGUAGCGAUCUGCUGGUCACGGGCAAGGAAAGCCAAACCAACACUGGUGCAGGUCCAGCCCUUCCCAACCCAGUGGGACUCAGGGAAGGUCCCCAAGGAACAGUGGUGUGGGAUGGGAGGGUGCUCACGCUUCUGGCAUCAUCAAGUCUUCCAGUACUGACAGUUCAUGGUCCGCUCUGUGCUUAUUCCUGCUGGGAGCUGGGACUGGAGAGCAGCACCCUCUGCUCUGACCAGCUCCUGCUGCACUGUUACUUGAAUACAGGAAGGAGUUUCCCCUUCUCAACAUAAAUAUUCCAGUAGCAAAAUGUAUUCAAAUGUGAAGAGUAAAUUACAUCCAUUAAUGAAAAAGCAUUAUGCAAAUAAUUAGGAGCAUGUAAAUUAAUUUUCUAUCUAUGCAUGGGAUGCAUACUGUAUAUUUUAUUAAAGACCUCAAUGAUCUGC